CUACGGUGCCUUUGGUGGCAGGGCAUUAGUUUCUUCCACUUCUUUUUACAUGGUAUUGGACAUCAAUUGAGCAUUUAUGAAGCAUGAAAAUGUUCAGUGGUUGGCGUCGUUUUGCUUUUGGUGUUCUAUUAAUUUUACUCCUUACUCACCUAUUUUCUGUCAGAGAGCUGAACAGCUCAAAAAUGGCAGAACCCCGUAAACAACUAAACAAGAAAUUUGAUCAUCUGGUUCUUGGUCCUGCUGCUGGCCAAGGCUUGUCAAACCGUUUGCAAUGCCAAGGAUCAAAAGCUCUCAACAGGACCCAUUCUUCAAAUGACAGAUUAGGUGUAGAUGGAAGUAUUACAUUUGUAACUGUCUUUACUAUUUAUAAUUCUUCUCUUGAUAGAGUAGAUGAUAAAUCAUCAAAAACAGUUGUUGGCAACACUUCAUAUAAUAAGAUGGGCAGGUCAAUGGCUGUGUUGAAUGUCUUCAUUAACUUCAUUCAGGUAGUAAUGCCCCAGAGCGACGUGAUUAUUCUCACAGACCCAGUUUCUGACCUUUCAGUGCACAGAAAUAGGGUCUCUCUAUAUCCCAUACAAGGUGAAUAUUCAAGAGACAAGUUGAUGCUUCAAAGGAUCAGGUCUUACAUUACCUUUUUAGAAACAAGACUUCACAAGCUUUCUCAGAAUCCAAGGGAUAUCACUCACUACAUCUUCACUGAUUCUGAUAUAGCAGUGGUUGAUGAUUUAGGGCAGAUUUUUCGUGACCAUCCUAAUUUUCACAUGGCUCUGACCUUCAGGAACAACAAGGGUCAGCCUUUGAAUUCAGGAUUCGUUGCAGUAAGGGGUACUUCUGAUGGAAUUUUAAGGGCAAAGCUUUUCCUACAAGAGGUUUUGAAAAUAUAUGUCUCAAAAUACAUAAAUGCUUCCCGCAUGCUGGGUGAUCAGUUAGCUCUUGCUUGGGUUGUGAAGUCAAAACCUCAUUUUGAUACCAGCAGGUUUGCCAAAACAGUUGCUUUCUCUGAUGACAUUGGUGGUACUUCAAUAUUGUUCUUACCCUGUGCCAUAUACAACUGGACUCCACCUGAGGGUGCUGGUCAAUUUCAUGGCAUGCCUUUGAAUGUUAAGGUUGUUCAUUUUAAAGGAUCAAGAAAACGUCUAAUGCUCGAAUCAUGGAAUUUUUAUUCAGCAACUCCUGACAUUGCUGAUAUGUUAUGCCUCAUUUUGGGAAGUGGAAGAGCAAAAUAUGAUUUUUGAGAAUGGUUUCUUGCAGGAGAUUCACAUCAUAUAUUGCAGCAUCUAAUGACAUCAACGGUUCCCAAUUGUAGGGGCAGAAAAAUUCAUCUAUUUCUCCUUUUGCACUAGUCAUUAUUAACCUUUUGAUUGGUGAUAAGGUACUGAUAAACGAAAACCAGAAGGUAGGAGCUGGCCCCUUAAGUAGGUUGAUCUCUUCUACUCAGGAGAGUUCUUUUCAGAAGGCACGGUUUUAAGGUUCCAACAAAUCAAGAGGAUGUAGAAUGUGUUAUAAUUGUUUUGAAAAGACAGGUUUAUACAUUCUUGCACAAUUGGAAAAGAUAUAUAAAUGAGUUUGAAUUAA